AUGGAUCAGAGGCUUCCAGCGCCUAUCCUGCUGCUGCUGACACUCGGCGUCUUCAUUGCUGCGAAGGCACAAAACGGCAUCCGGUGCACCGCAGAGCAAAGACCUCGUCCAGAUGAGCAGGAGUGUGACCGUACAUGGAUCUGCCCCCAGAGCGUCAGCUGUGAUCAGAAGUCGAAAUGUCGCUGCAAAGCCGGAUACUACAAGUGUAAACGUCAGACUCGGAUCCUGUGUGUAGAUUCAAAUGAGUGUAAGAGGAAGUCGUGUGGACCUGGAGCGGUGUGCCGGAAUACACAUGGCAGCUACUACUGCGAAUGCUUAACUAAUCGUCCCAAUGCUCAGUUCUGUCCUACAGAAGGGACAGCUUACUGUGAAGAGAAUAAAGUGAGGUACAUCUGCAAUAUGAACAGUGAACAGAGAGAGAAGCUGGAAGAAUGCGGCGAGAAGAAGACGCAGGUGGCAAAGCAACAGCUUGAUACAAUGGCAGGAACGAUCAGCCGGGUUCUCGGAGACAAGAAUGACUCUUCCACUUUUAGCACCGCCCACACCUCUGAGCUUCUGAAUAGCGUAGAGUCCGCCGCUCUGAUCUCUUUUGGUCAAGCACCUAGGACGCAGAUGAUCAACACACCCAAGCUAGAUAUUUCCAUGAAAUCUUCCUCUGACGGCUGCAAUUCUACGGACCAUCGCCUCAGCUUAAUGGCAGGGAUGGACAAUAUGGAGAUUCCCUGCAAUCUGCUGCUUGGAGAAAGAGAUGGUGCUGUAUUCAUAGUCUACAAAGACCUUGCAUCACACAUAAAUGGGAAUUUCCUCAGCAAGACAAGAGAUCCAGAAGACAAUGACCGUGUUUUGGUUAACUCAAGGGUGGUAUCUGGAACCACUUCUAACUGGGCUGCAAAAACUUUCAGUCACCCCGUGGUCUUCAGACUCAUCCAAAUCAAGCCCCUACGCCGCUUUCACAAGUUGUAUUGUGCAUAUUGGGACCUCCAAAAUAAUGGCUGGUCGGAUGAAGGUUGCACGACAGAAGAUUCUAAUCACACGCACACCACCUGUUCCUGCAGCCAUCUUUCUAGCUUAGCGGUCAUCAUGGCUCCAUCCGAGCUUGAGGAAGAUUUCAUCCUCUCAAUUAUUACCUAUGUUGGGCUGAGCGUGUCCCUGGUCUGCCUGUGUCUGUCUCUCCUCACCUUCAUCCUGUGUCGCUCUUUGAGGAGUAUUCAUACCUCUGUCCUGGCAGCUAUGAGUGGAUGUCUCUUCCUGGCACAGCUUCUUGCUCUAGCCGGUCUUAGUCAAACCAAAAAUAAGGUUGUGUGUAGCAUCAUUGCUGGUGGGCUCCAUUACUUAUUCCUCUGCACCUUCUCUUGGAUGUCCAUUGAGAGCGUCCUCCUCUUCAUGACGGUCCGAAACCUGAGGGCUGUCAAUUAUAUGACCUCUCGACGCUCCAAUUUUCCAGUCAUGUGUCUUCUGGCCUUUGGAGUGCCAACUGUGAUUGUGGGGAUCACUGUAGCUGUCCGUUACCAUCAGUAUUGUUCCUUCAAAUACUGCUGGCUUCAUCCGCGUCUUGUCUGGAGUUUCCUUGGUCCAGCCUGUGUGUUUAUCAGUACAAACACAAUUCUAUUGAUCUUCACUGUUCUGCUUCUGAGAAGGCGGCUGGCAACUCUGAAUACGAAUGUGUCCACUCUAAAGAACACUCGGUUACUGACAUUCAAGGCCUUGGCUCAAGCUCUAAUUCUUGGCUGUACCUGGAGUAUUGGCUGCUUCCAAUUUGGCUCUUUUUCCCAGAUAAUGUCAUACCUGUUCACCAUAUGUAACAGCCCUCAAGGGGCAUACAUAUUCAUUGUACACUGUCUGCUCAACCACCAGGUAAGAGGGGAGUAUCGCAAAUUCUUUUCCAGGAAGAAGAAACAGGAACAAGAAAUCUCCACUCUUCAAACACCCUCAAGAUCAGAAGUGAAGAGACAUUUCAGCAAAAGGGUGUUAAACGUUUUCUACUUUAUCCUCUAA